GUCCCAGCACCGACCCCUGGGGAACACCGCUGGUUACAGGUCUCCAACCACACUCCUUCUUCAUCUUGUGCUCUCUCCAUUCCCAACUAUGUGGACCACCAGCUGUGACCUCUGGCUCCUUUCCGCUUGGCCUGGUCUUUUGAAAGGUCAUAAGUAUGGGUUCAGUGAGUCUGUUCUUAUAUAGGCCACUGCAGAUCUCACAUCAUCUUCCUCGUCCAUUGCGUACCUACUCCAACACCAUCCUUCCUUCUACAAGAAAGGGCAGCUAGCCCUGAUGUGGAUGUGCCAUAGAGCCACAUAGCAAAAUUAAAUGUAAUGCUGGAGAACUCUUAUCAUUUCAUUGCUCCAGACACACUUACGGCCUCAUUUGAGAUGCUGGUGGCAGAGGAUACUUUGCCUUUUGUGCUCUGCAGAUGGAAGUCACAGAGCAGUGAUAAUGAAUCCUUACAUUCGCUGCUGUGUUGUUUCUAAAAUCACACCCUGCACGUGAGCGUAAUUCAUUUCAUUAAGCUGUAGCUCCAGAAGGGCUCAAAGGAUCUCUCAUCCUGGCAUAAAGGACUGUUUGUGAUAGAAAUCUGACAGCACAAGUGUUCUGCUCCCAGAAGACCUCUCUGAAAUUAACUCCUAAAUCAGUUGGCUGCCUUACUAAUGAAUCCUCAGACCCAUUUCCGCAUCCGGUGAGGGAGAUUUCAGGAACCAGGGGAGUGAUUUCACACUUCUCCUUCAUACCACAAAGGUUAAGUUUGGGCUUUGAGUAGAAAAUCAAAUGACUCGGAGCAUGCAGUUAAGGCCUGCUCCAGAGCUUAUGGUGCUGCUCCAGCAGCUGGGCUGCCUGAGCAGGCUGUCCCCAGCUGUCACCCUUCUGCCAUCCCAAAGGGGCUUGUGCAACCUUGGGGCGGGCUGGCCCUGAGCCACUUCCCCUGCAGCCCUCGUGAUGCCCAGCCCAGCUGGCAGGGGAUUUCUCUGCGGAAGCAGCCUGACAGGUUGUCACCACCUCGGCCUGGGGCUCACCUCACUUCUCCCAGCUAAGGGAAAGGGGACAACACAGCUGGGGCUCCACCAUGAGCCUUGGAGCUUCAGCCCCACGGACAGAGGUGCUCGGCGGGGCCGGGAGCCGCCGGCUGAGGGCGGCCGGGGCGAGCGAGGCACGGCGGCCGGAGCGCCGGUAGAGCGAUGCAGACAGCCAUUGUGAUCACCGAGCAGCCGGUCUCUGUCUCCGUUCCUGUUGGAUACUCCUUCACUCUGCACUGCAGAGCUGAGGCCCACACCUCACUGCAGUACCAGUGGUUUUGUCAGUGCCAGUCUGUCCGCUACCAGAUUCCUGGUGCCACCAAGCAAGACUUGCCCAUCACUGCACAGCAGACCCAACUCUACACUUGCAGAAUUAAUGACCUCUACAGAAAUGUGAUCUUCUCUGACUGGGUGAAGGUGGAGGUUCAUCCAUGCAUUGCCAGAGGACUGCUCCCUCAGCUCUGGCAAGGAGAACCAGUCAUCAUUCUCAACCCCACUGAGCAGAAGGUGGAAGCUGGAAAACCACUACAGCUGCAGUGUGCUGCCGUUGGGGUCCCAGCCCCCAGCUACCAGUGGUACCGAAACGGGAACCUGCUGGAACACCAGAAGAAAAAAAAACUCUGGGUAACAUUACCUCGGGAUGGUUCAGAAACUUUGGCUACUGAGAUCACCCACACCAAAGUCAGUGACUCUGGCACGUAUCUCUGCUGUGCCUCCAACAGCCAUGGAGAGCACUGGACCAACGCAGUGGACAUUCGCAUAGGCACCUGUUGCUCUGAGAAGUUUUUUGCUACAGGCAAGCUAGCACUUUUAGUGGGCAACAACCAUUACCAGCAUCAUCCAAACCUGAUGGCUCCCGUCACAGAUGUGUUUGAGCUGAGUCUUCUUCUGAAGCAGCUGGGCUUCCAAGUUGUCUCUCUCCUGGACCUGAACAAGGCUGAGAUGGUGGCAGCAGUCAGUCGGUUCCUACAGCUCCUGGAGAAAGGAGUCUAUGCUAUAUUCUACUAUGCCGGGCAUGGGUAUGAACAUCUGGGGAGGAACUACAUGGUCCCUGUUGAUGCUCCACAAGUGUACGCCCCUGAGAACUGCAUCAGCGUGCAGAGGAUACUUCAGAAGAUGCAGCAGCAGCAGACAGCCUUGAACCUGAUCCUGCUGGACACCUGCAGGAAAUGGUACAACCCAGAGUGUGCCCUCUCCCAGGUACAGCCGCUGGAGCCUUGGGGAAAUACUGUUUAUGGCUAUGCCACGAGCGAAGAUGCAGAAGCCUAUGAGUUGCAGGAUGGGGAGUUCAGCUCUGGAAUCUUCAUGAAAUAUUUGAAGAAACAUAUUUUGCAGGAGAAGAAAGUCACACACAUGCUGGAGGAUGUAUUAGAAGACCUUGGCCGGGAUCCCGUGGUCACUGGGAAGCAAGUGAUGGAGAUCAAGCACACUCUGAAGGAAGCCCGUUCCCUGACGGACCCCAUCUGCCCCAUGGGAGCAGCCGCAGAGCACUGGGGAUGCAGCCACGAGCCCCCAAGUGAAACAGUGACGUUCCCCUGUGGGGUGCAGGCAGAGCUUCGCUUCCACCGGCUUUUCUCCAACGUGCUGUCUGUCUGCGCCAAGCUGCAGGACCUCCCGGUGCACAUCGCUGAUGCACAGCUCAUGCUCCGCCAGCCCACUGAAGUGGAUGAUGUUGCCAAUCUGGAAGAGAACCACCCAGACCAAAUGGAUUCUCUGCUCACCUCUGUUUACAAGCAGGAGGAACUGGAUUGCAUCUUCCAACUCUGUGGACUACAGAAAAUUCAGAUGGAUGUGGUCCUGCAGUUGGAUUUGCAUUACACCCAGCUGAGCACAAAGCAGAGGACUUGUGAAAGCCUGCAGAAAAUCCUCCCAAAAUUGCUGCUGGGGCAGUUUUUCACCCAAAGGAACUACACCCGGCCCAGCUAUGACAGCACUCCAGCCUGGGCAGACCCCGGUGGGGCCCUGAGGACAGGCACUGGCCGCAGCUUGCCCAGCAGCAACCCCUCCAAGUCCAGCAGUGAGCCGGAGGAGAAUGAUGAGCGCAGCAUGAGCGAGCUCUGCUCAGCCCUGCUGCAGGCUGGCCCAGGGCAGGAGCACCCCUGACUCCUUGAGCUGGCAUGCACAGCCUUCAGAUGUUAACGCAGCAGAACUGAGCUGCUUUCCAGGCUUAGCGAUCACCCUGUCCAAAUGAAAUUUCUGCAGACAUCACCAAGGCGUUGUCUGGCAGAGGACCUGGCCUCUCGACAAGUCAUAAUAUUGGCAGGUGGCACCCACCAGUGCUUAUAUCAAGGGCACAGGCUGAUACUUUCUGUAAAUCAGGGUUUGCUAGGCAAGUGCCUGAAAGCAGGAUUUGCGGCAUUAACUGUGUUGAGAAACCCACAAACACUACAGUCCUGCAGUACAGCACAGGCACCGUCUGAAAAUCAGUGCAACUACUGAUUGUUACCACUUGUACAAAGGACGUAAGGAGUGACCAAGGGACCCAGAUCAGACUGGGUCAGUGUGUAAGCUUUCCCCUGGGGUUGCACGGGAGUUUUCCCUCCUUGCAAGUCCUGCCUGUGUCAAAGCAGGUUUUAAAUUAUGUGUUUAUGUAUUUCUACUGAAUGUAUUUAUACUUGGGGUAAGAAAAUUGCUUGCUCGUAAAAGCAAGCAUGCCCCUUCUAGUCUGUUACACAGGGCAUAAGGUGGAGUUAGAUCCUGUGUGGUCUUGAGUUCCUCUGACAUAGAAUCCCCUAUAUGUAGGGGACGGAAAAGGCUAGGGUGAAGGAGGAAAAACAUCAAAAAAAAAUCAUUAUUAGUGCAACUGUUUUUUCCAAAGUGCCUGCCUCAAUGUGCAUUCACUGCAGGCAACUCAAAGCACUACCUUCUGUAGAGAACCAGCCGUCCUGGGAGAGCCGUGGGUGAGGAGGGCCAGCCUGAGCAGCUGCGGUCCCCUCCCUGCCUGCCCCUCUGAUUGUUGCCGAGUAGUGGUUUCGGCAGAGCUCUGCAGGGGAGGGCAGUCCAACAGUGCAAAGGAGGCCAGUGACCCCAUUGAGGUGUGGGAUCUCUAUCCUACAUCUUGAAGGUCAAAGACUCCUUGAGAAGUCAAGGUUGGUGGGAUGGGGAAAGUUCCUGAGUUCUAAAAGAGGGAUGGAGUGAAUGUUUUGUAAGUUUUGGUUCUUCUUCAGCAGUGUGUCUGUCCACAGCAGGGACUGUCUAUUGCAGCAUGGAAAAAUAUGAAAUGCUCCUUCCAGAUAAACCAUCCUACAAAUGCUGGAAGCCAGUCCAAAGAGAACAGAGGAGGCUUUUAUUCUCAGAGUGAGUAGAGCCAGGAGAAAGAAGAGAGGCCCCAUCUGUCUGAAGCUGAGAAAGUCUCCUAAAGAAAAAAGUAAAGCUCCAAAAAAAUAAUAAUACAGGAUGUAGUUUAAAUUAGAUGGACUGAUAGAGAAACCAAACCAGAAAAUAAUAAACUAAUUGAAGGGAGAACCGAAGAUUAAAUCAACACCAGCAGAAACUUAAGACAGGUCAGUGGGAAUUGUUGUGCAGGCAUUUGGGAGGGAUUUUACCUAUCCUUCUGUACUACUGGGGCAAAACAUGUCCCUGGCUCUUACAGUAAGUGUCAUCUCCUGUAAUUAGUAAUCUAAUUUAUAGCAAGACUGUAUUUUUUCUAAAUAAAACACUACUGGUGUUUUUGGAUGCAUAGUUUCAUGUGGCUCUAAGUUAAUAGUUUAUGUUUUUUCCCCUAAUUGCCAGGGUGUGAUUUAAUAUUGCUCUAAUGCUCUUUAUGCUUUGAACUGUAGCUUCUGGGCUUUUAUGUCUGAGGAUUGUUUCUUUUAACAGACCGUAUACUGAAGUGUGGAUUUAGAAGAUGGAUCAAAUGACGUUAAUUAGGCUGAAAUAAUGUCUGAUGAAAUGUAUAGAUAAAAUAAUGCCAGCA